AUGAACAAGUUGGAAAGAUUAACUCAGGGGAUAAACACGACGAAAAGUCAUUUGUUGCCCUGGCUGGUACCCCCACGUUUGGACGUUUUGUAUUUCGUCUACCGGUGUUUGGACAUCGUCAAUUCGGCACACGAACCACUCGAAAGAACGAAUCAAAUCCUCGAAUCUCUCCUUUUGGAUUUUUCAACGGAAAAAGAAGAAGAUAAUAAUAAUAAUACCACCAAUACCACCAAUAAUACCAACGAUCAAAACGUGGUCGAACUGAGAGAGGAUCGCGUUUUCAGGCCGAUGCAAUCGUCAGUACGACGACGGUGA